CGUUCUACCAUUCUACGAUUUCUUGAACUAUCAUGGACUACUCAAUGUCCAACAGCUACAGCAAUAACAACAAUAAUAGCAACAACAAUAGCAACGGCGUCAGUAGUAGCAAUGCAAAUAACAUUCUCCAAGGAACAACUGUCCAUGCUCAAUUACCACCCCCUGUUGUCUUAACACCUGCAUUACUUGGAUCUCUUAAGGUCUCAAAGAUCUUUAAGGACAAUACAAACAUCAUUACUUCCCUUGACUUUGAUGAUACUGGAGUCAAAUGUGUUACCAGUGCUCAAGAUGAAAGUCUACAUGUUUAUGAUUGUGUCACUGGAAAGUUAGAUAAAACAUUAUUCAGUAAAAAAUAUGGUGUUCAUCUCGCCCGCUUUACACAUCGAUCUACUAAUGUCGUCUAUGCUUCGACAAAAGAAGAUGAUACUCUCCGAUAUCUCUCAUUGCAUGAUAACAAAUACAUUCGAUACUUUCGAGGACAUGAAAAGAAGGUCACUGCAUUGGAAAUGUCUCCAUUGGAUGAUCAAUUCCUAGCAGGAAGUGAAGGUUCAAUUCGUUUAUGGGAUCUUCGUAGUCCCAAUUGUCAAGGUGCACUUUCAGUCAUCGGUCGACCUGCUAUCGCAUUCGACCCUAGUGGUCUCGUCUUUGCAGUCGCUAUCGGCUCUACCUUGCGUUUAUAUGAUGUCAAAGUCUUUGAUCAGGGCCCCUUCGAAACUGCUAUCAUUGGCCUUAACAAUCAAAAUAAUCAAAAUGGUUACAACAAUACCUUCAACAAUCCUAUACUAUCGUCAUCAUCAACAUCUUCUUCGCCCAUCAUUGUCACCCAGCUUGAAUUCUCUUCAGAUGGGAAAAACAUCCUUGUCAGCACUGCGGGUGAUGCUCAUUAUAUCGUCGAUGCCUAUAAGCCCUCCGCCACAAAACUUCGUUUGGUCGGUCAUUACAACAGUUAUAGCUUUGGCCCUAGGCUCGGAAGGAGUACCUUCUCAGGAGCAGGCGGUCGAGGAGGGGCAGGCAAUGGAGAUGACGAUGAACCAUUUCAAAGUGGUGGAGAGGCCUGUUGGACCCCUGAUGGCAAAUGUGUCGUCUCUGGCUCAAGGGAUGGAAGUAUCUAUGUCUGGGAUAUCGCUAAAGCCAUGUCCGAUCAAGCCCUGGGCCUCUUCAAUCAUAACAAUAAUAAUAUGGGCGUCAAUGGUGCUGCGACAAAUACAGGCGUUAAUGGAGAUUUGGGGCAAUCAUCUUCAAAUUUGCUGAGCCCUGAUGGUGAAUUAAGACCAUUCAAGGCCUUGAAAGCUCAUGGAACCCCAAGCCAUAUCGUCGCAUUCAAUCCAAAAUACCUAAUGAUGGUCAGUGGUUCCACAGAAUUGGCGUUCUGGGAGCCUGACCCAAAUGUUGUUGGAAUGGAUGCCCUCCAUGACUUUUCCAAGGGUGGUCGUCAUUGAUAAAUACCAUGCAUAUGUAAAAAGUUAAAAUGUAAAAUCAAGAAACAAUAAAAAGAUACUAUGAAAGUUUAUUAUUAAU